AUGACGACGGCGGAUGCGCGAGCGCUCGUGGAGUCGUUCGCGCGGGUGUCGCUGGCGCCGACCGGGGCGUCGCCGAUCGAGCGGGCGCCGAGACUUUCGGAGGCGCUCGGCGGCGCGGAGAUUUUCAUCAAGCGCGACGACGUCUACGGGACGAUCACGGGAGGGAAUAAGACGAGGAAACUUGAGUAUUUACUCGCUGAGGCGCUGGAUGCGAACGCGGAGCGCGUGGUCACGCAGGGGGCGACGCAGUCGAACCACGCGCGACAGACGGCGGCGGCGUGCGCGCGGCUCGGGUUGAAGUGUCACGUGCUGUUGGAAGAUCGAACGAAGCGGGUGGAUCAAAACUACACCGCGAAUGGGAACGUUUUGUUGAACUCGCUCUUCGGAGCGACGAUGGAGUAUCGCCCGGGCGACCAAGGAUUGAACAUGAACGACGAGAUGCUCGCUUCGUGCGAAAGCUUCCGCGAGAAGGGCGAGAGCGUGUACGGCAUCGUCGGCGGUGGAUCAUGCCCGACCGGAGCGCUCGGAUACGUGCGAGCUGCGAUUGAAAUCUUGGAACAAGCCGAUGCGAUGGGACUUGAGUUCGAUUACAUCGUGCACGCCACCGGCUCGGCGGGUACGCAGGCGGGACUCGUCACCGGUUUGCACGCCGUGGGAUCCAAGACAAAACUUCUUGGAUUCGGCGUGCGCGCGCCCAAGGACGUGCAAGAGACCAACGUACACAAUCUCGCGGUUAAGACGUGCGAAAAGCUCGGGAUCUCCCCCGUCGAUCGCGCGGAUGUCGUGGCGGAUACGAAUUACGUCGGCGACGGGUACGGAUUUCCCGCGGAUAGCACCAUCGAAGCCAUUCGCGAGUUUGCGAGUCUCGAGGGCAUCUUGCUCGACCCGGUAUAUUCCGGCAAGGGCGGUGCCGGCCUGAUUGACUACUGCCGCAAAGGCUUGUUCGCUCCGGGAACAAAAGUGUUGUUCCUCCACACGGGAGGUUCAACGUCGCUCCACGGCUACCUCGAUUCUUUCGCGCAAUAA